CAAUCCAGGUCUCCCAUGUGGGUGGCAGGACCCAUGCAUUUGGGCCAUCCCCUGUUGCCUCUCAUGGUGUGCAUUAGCAGGAAGCUAGGGUGGGAAGUGGAGCCAAGAUUCAAACCUGGGCGUCGUAGCCUCGGCCCCAGAUGCCCACCCAGGUGUAGCACUCUUAGGAGGAAGGUAGCCCUUCCCCUACUCCAUGACCCUGCUCUGGUCCAGAGGGUGGCCCGCAAUUUGCAGAGGUGGCAGACACUAGCACCAAACCCUUUGCCUCCUGCAUCAUCUUUGAGGCAAUUUGGUAAAAGUCCUUUCCUCUGACCCCAUGCAUUGUUUUCAUUCAGGGGCUUCUGUGAGAAUCCUAGGCGACUUAUUGCUAUUCUCUCUCACCCGAAUCUAGACACAGAAAUAAGCUAGCAGCUCUUCUUGUAGCAUGGGCAGAACUGUUGAUGCGGCCCUGCAGGGCGAAAGGCUGAGCAGGAGUGGGGGUCGCCGGAGGUCACCCAGAUGCUUUCCAACAAGUGACCUUCAGGCUGCUGAUGCAACCCGUCUGUUGCGCUAGGCCAGGGUCAGUCUCCUGAGUCAGGGCUUCCUAUUUGGGAAGAGAGAAUCUGAUGGAGCCCUGGAACAGGUCCCAGUGGUGGAACUCUCUGCCUUAGCCCCGGACCGUUGCUGGGGGUGAGAAGUUCCCCACUGGAGAUAAUCCCGAAAGAGCAGGAAUGAGCUAGACUCUGCUUUGGGCUUCACCAGCGGGAGAGGUCUCUAUUGUGGGGUCUCUAUUGAUUCCCAGGGUUCCCUCCUGUUCUAGAAGAAUUAAAGCAUUCAGAUCGUUAUCACGUCAAGUUUACUUAUCUUAAUCCAGGGAAGGCGGCGGCAUUCCGGCUUCUGGGAGUGUGUUUACUCAUGUGCUCUUGAUUGGGGUCCCGAAGUCCUGGACAUUCGGCAGCAUGGCAGGUGACCUUGCAGGGGUCGCUGGCUGCUGUUGGCCAGGUUGAGAAGUGGAAGUCCCGCAGUCCAACUUACAGGGCUAUCAGAUGCCUGUCCCGAGACCAGCGAGGUUCCAGUAGCCACGGUCUGAUUUAUCGGGCAUUCUUCACUGUCCCAAGGUUGUAGGAAACUCACCGUGCGCUCGGCACCCAGAAUUCAAAGCCCUGAGCCUGGAAGCAGCUGGGUUGCGGAGGUGUUUGCUCAUGACCUUUUCUCUCACCACACCCUGGGGCUCUUGGGAGGAGCUGAGAUCUGGGCGGCGGUGCCAGGAUGCUGCCUCUGUCAGUGCCUGCGUCAGGCUGCCUCCUGGGCCCCCGGCACAUCUUUCUUGCUCCCCGGAAGGGUGCACAGGAUGGAAACUGCUCUCCCCGCCUCCGAGGACACCACCAGGGGCCUGUGGCCAGGGACUGACGUAGCAGCUCCUCUCGCGGGCUCUCUGUAGGCAGCCCGUGUUGGGGGAAGUGGGGGGUACUCCAUGCCCUGAAGGCCCGGGAAGAUGGAAGGACAAGUGGUGAGCCGGGCGCUAAGGCUCUUCCGAAACCGGCUUCCUCGCCGCCGAGCAGGAGCUCCCCAGGGCAAUCGGGAAGAAGCUGUGAAGGAACCAGAGAGGGCCCAGGAACACCCCCUGCCCAACUUCGCUGGAGGACAGCAUUUCUUUGAAUACCUUCUCGUGGUUUCCCUAAAAAAAAAGCUUUUAGCGAACGAUUAUGAGCCCACCAUCACCUACCAGUUUCCCAAGCGGGAGAACCUGCUGCGGGGCCAGCAGGAGGAAGAGGAGCGGCUGCUCAAAGCCAUCCCCUUGUUCUGCUUUCCAGAUGGGAAUGAGUGGGCCCCACUCACUGAGUAUCCCAGGGAGACCUUCUCCUUCGUCCUGACCAAUGUGGAUGGGAGCAGGAAGAUUGGAUACUGCAGGCGCCUCUUGCCCGCCGGCCCUGGCCCUCGCCUUCCCCAGGUGUACUGCAUCAUCAGCUGCAUCGGCUGCUUUGGCUUGUUCUCCAAGAUCCUGGAUGAAGUGGAGAAGAGGCAUCAGAUCUCCAUGGCCGUCAUCUACCCAUUCAUGCAGGGCCUCCGAGAGGCGGCCUUCCCUGCUCCUGGGAAGACGGUCACGCUCAAGAGCUUCAUCCCCGACUCAGGCACUGAGUUCAUCUCACUGACACGGCCCCUGGACUCCCAUCUAGAACACGUGGAUUUUAGCUCUCUGUUGGACUGCCUCCGUUUUGAGCAGAUUCUUCAGAUCUUUGCCUCUGCGGUGCUGGAGAGAAAAAUCAUCUUCCUAGCAGAAGGGCUCAGCACCCUGUCUCAGUGCAUCCACGCUGCUGCCGCACUCCUCUACCCCUUCAGCUGGGCGCACACCUACAUCCCUGUUGUCCCCGAGAGCCUUCUGGCUACUGUCUGCUGCCCAACCCCCUUCAUGGUUGGUGUGCAGAUGCGCUUCCUGCAGGAGGUUAUGGACAGCCCCAUGGAAGAGGUCCUGUUGGUGGAUCUGCAUGAAGGAACCUUCUUACUGUCUGUUGGUGAUGAAAAAGACAUCCUGCCACCAAAGCUUCAGGAUGACAUCCUAGACUCUCUUGGUCAAGGGAUCAAUGAGUUAAAGACUUCAGAACAAGUGAACGAGCACGUUUCAGGCCCUUUCGUUCAGUUCUUUGUCAAGACUGUAGGCCACUAUGCUUCCUACAUCAAGCGGGAAGCCAGUGGGCAAGGCCACUUCCAAGAACGGCCCUUCUGUAAGGCUCUGACCUCCAAGACCAACCGCCGAUUCGUGAAGAAGUUUGUGAAGACACAGCUCUUCUCCCUUUUCAUCCAGGAGGCCGAGAAGAGCAAGACUCCUCCUGCAGGCUACUUCCAACAGAAAAUACUUGAAUAUGAGGAGCAGAAGAAACAGAAGAAAUCAAGGGAAAAGACGGUGAAGUAAGAACUGUGGUGAGCGAGAGACUUAAAGGCCAGUUCUGGACUUCGGCCCCUGCCAGUGUGGUAGGAUCAGCGAAGCGCUCAGCCCUCGGAAUCCACAGCCUCCUCCCGAGUCCUGGGGACCAAGUUUUGCUUCAAGCUGGUGUCUGAUUUGGGGCUAAUUCCACCUUUCUCAAGACUUUGGAGGAUUGUGACCCCAAGCUCACAGAACUGGGCUCAAAGCUACAUGUUUGGCAGCUGUGACACAGGGCAGGUAAUAGUAGUACAGGUGUUGCAGACAUUUGGUUAGAAGCUGCUACAACCGCCCUUUCCUGGGAAUGACUUAAAAAACCAGCAACAGAAAUCGCAGUUGUGGCCCAAAGGUUCAGCUCCUCCACACUGAAAAAAAGGAGGUCUAUGGAAAUGUGAGGAUGAGAAUAAAGAUGGAAAUCUCA